CAUGCUAAUAAUAACCCUUGCUUAAAAUCAGACGGCUUAAAAUAUUAUUUUCUGUGCUCGAAGGAAUUGAAUGGGGAAUUCGCAAGAGAAGUUGGGAUCGGGGGAAGCAUCUUCCAUGGACAAAGCCACGGCGGCGGAGGACUGGCGAAGGACGAUCAACAAGGUCGUCCAGGCAGUGGUCGUGAUACGCGUCACCGCUUGUCGACACUUUGACACCGCGCUUGCUAGUUCUUCCACCGCAACCGGCUUUGUCGUCGACAAGCGUCGUGGGAUCAUACUCACCAAUAGGCAUGUUGUUAGUCCUGGGCCGGUGGUGGCAGAAGCUAUGUUUACAAACAAUGAAGAAAUUCCCAUCUAUGCAAUGUAUCGAGACCCUGUUCAUGAUUUCGGUUUCUUCCGCUAUGAUCCUGCGGCAAUACAAUUUCUGGAUUACGAAGAAAUCCCUCUCGCUCCAGAGGCUGCUCAUGUGGGGCUUGAAAUCAGGGUGGUCGGCAAUGAUAGUGGAGAAAAGGUAUCUAUUUUGGCUGGAACCCUUGCUCGUUUGGAUAGAGAUGCCCCAGUUUACUCAAAUGAUGGCUACAAUGAUUUCAAUACAUUCUAUAUUCAAGCUGCAUCUGGAACUAAGGGCGGUUCAAGUGGCUCUCCUGUAAUUGACUGGCAGGGCAGGGCAGUUGCUUUAAAUGCAGGAGGGAGAAAUACAUCAAGUGCCUCUGCUUUUUUCCUCCCUUUAGAGCGAGUUGUAAGGGCUUUAAAGUUUUUGCAAAAAGGAAGAGAUUCUACAGAAGAAUGGAAGGCAGUUUCUAUUCCUCGUGGCACACUUCAGGUGACAUUUGUUCAUAAAGGAUUUGACGAGACCCGUCGGCUUGGUGUUCAAAGUGAAACAGAACAGUUGAUGCGAAGUUCAUCUCGGCUGGGAGAAACUGGAAUGCUUGUUGUUGAUUCUGUGGUGCCUGGUGGUCCGGCUUAUAAUCGCUUAAAGCCAGGUGAUGUGCUUGUUUGUAUGAAUGGGAAGGUGACUACACAUUUCCUGGAUAUCGAAACUCUACUUGAUGACAAUGUUGGAAACAAAGUUGAACUUAAAAUCGAAAGAGGCGGUGCCUCGUUGACCAUCGACUUAAUGAUCCAGGAUUUGCACUCAAUAACUCCUGACCACUUCUUGGAAGUUAGUGGUGCAGUGAUACACCCCCUUUCUUAUCAGCAGGCUAGAAAUUUCAAUUUUCCAUGUGGCCUUGUCUAUGUUGCAGAAUCUGGAUAUAUGUUAUUUAAAUCCGGAGUACCUAAUCAUUCCAUCAUUAAGAAAUUUGCUGGCGAAGAUAUUUCGAACCUUGUAGAUUUAAUAUCUGUCCUGUCCAAGUUGUCUAAGGGUUCUAGAGUACCACUGGAGUACAUAAGCUACACUGAUCCUCACAGGAGAAAGUCUGUAUUAAUCACAGUUGACCGCCAUGAGUGGUAUGCGCCUCCUCAGAUAUACACUCGCGAUGACAGUUCUGGAUUAUGGUCGGCAAAGUCGGCUUUAUCACCUGACUCUGUUCUUCUUUCUGAUGCAACUCCUGUCAAACAAGACCUGUCACUUCAUAACGUGUCUCAACAUGUUAGCAUAGAGUCAACCCAUGGUGUUGCAGAUAUAGAAAGUAGUUAUGAAAUCUCGAUAGAGGCACCACAGUCUCAGGAUGAUCUUGAUUCUGGAAUGAAGAAAAAGGUGGAAGAAAACUCAUCAGCUGAUGGAACAAAGACAGCUAAUGCCUCAGGUUCUGAGCAUGUGAUUGAGCCCACUCUUGUUAUGUGUGAGGUUGAUGUGCCAACAUCGUGUAUGGUGGAUGCUGUGCACUCGCAACAUCUUUCUGGAACUGGCGUGAUUGUAUACCAUUCACAAAAUAUGGGUUUGGUUGCUGUAGAUAAAACCACUGUUGUAGCAUUAGCUUCUGAUGUCAUGCUGUCAUUUGCUGCUUUCCCAAUUGAAAUCCCUGGGGAGGUGGUUUUCCUUGAUCCUGUCCACAAUUUUGCUCUUGUAGCAUAUGAUCCUUCUGCUCUUGGACCUCUUGGCUACUCUGCAGUUCGUGCGGCUGAGCUUCUUCCCGAACCCCUGCUUUGUCGUGGUGAUCCAGUGUCACUUGUGGCAUUAAACACAAGCCUGCAGGCAAUCUCAAGGAAAUCGAUUGUUACAAAUUCUCAUGAGGCCCUGAAUAUUGAAUCAGCUGAAUGUCCACGGUAUAGAGCAAUCAACAUGGAAGUUAUUGCCCUUGACACUGAUUUUGGUAAACAAUUUAGUGGUGUGCUGACUGAUGAGCAUGGAAGGGUUCAAGCCUUAUGGGGAUGCUUUUCAUUUCAGCUGGAUAAUGGUUCUGGUUCAAAAUAUUCAGCACAAAAUGAUACAUUUAACCGUGGAAUUCCAAUUUUCGCGAUAAGUCGUGUCCUUGACAAGAUUAUUUUGGGUACUUACGGACCUCAUCGUCCUACAUUUGGUGUCAAAAAGCCUAUGCCACUUAUGAGAAUUUUGGAAGUUGAACUUUAUCCUACUUUGCUCUCCAAGGCUCGCAGUUUUGGAUUAAGUGAUGCUUGGAUCCAGGCCCUCGUGAAGAAAGAUUCCAUUAGACGGCAAGUUUUGAGAGUCAAAAGUAGUUUUGCUGGCUCAAGUGCUGAAAAAGUAUUAGAAGAAGGUGACAUUGUGUUGGCCAUCAACAAGGAGCCGGUGACUUGUUUUCGUGACAUUGAAGAGGCUUGCCAAUCAUUAGGUCACGGCGAUGAGAAACUGUGCAUGACAAUAUUUCGUCAGGGGCAUGAAAUGGAACUACUUGUGGGAACUGAUAUAAGGGAUGGGAAUGGAACCACCCAUGCAAUGCUUUGGUGUGGGUGCUUUGUUCAAUAUCCUCACCCUGCUGUCCGCUCACUCGGGUUUCUUCCUCAUGAAGGCCACGGAGUAUAUGUGUCAAGGUGGUCUUGCGGGAGCCCUGGACAUCGGUAUGGCCUCUUAGCUCUUCGAUGGAUUGUUGAAAUUAACGGGAAGCGAACUCCUAAUCUUGAAGCUUUUAUUGAGGUUACUAAGGUAUUCGAUAUUUCUUCCUAGCUAGUCCCCACUCCCCAUCUAGGCUACUAAGGCUAUUCU